GCGCAGUGCCUGGUUCCAGCGUGACAUGCAUGAGCCAUGGCAGGACUCGUGGUGAUAUUGCAACAACGAGAAAAGACUUCGCUUCGCUCAUGACUCUCCUUGCUCUCAUGGUCAUGGAAACACUGCUUUCGAGGCAUCCAUAAUCCCAAAAACCCAAGCCCGCAAUGCGGUCCAUCGCCAGCCAUGCACUGCACGCCGCCAGCCACGCAUCCCCGACGAGGCCUGCAGCAGCCGUCCUGGGCCAGCCAUGCUGUUCCUUGCUGGUAGCAGGCCGUUCGAGCACCUCUGCUCCCAGUCAUACAGCACUGCCGAGAGCACCGGAAGCACAGGCCCGCUGGUCUUCGUCAAACUCGAGAUGGAAGCAGAGGCAAGGCAGCGACUUUUAUGCUCGUGAGGCUCGCGUCCAGGGCCUGAAGAGCCGGGCUGCAUUCAAGCUGCUCGAAAUGGAUGCCAGGUACAGGCUUUUCAGACGCGGCCAAACCGUCGUAGAUCUAGGUUAUGCUCCAGGGAGUUGGUCUCAGGUUGCCCUCGAGCGCACAAAACCUACGGGGAAGGUCGUAGGCAUAGACAUCAUCCCGGCCCAGCCGCCGCGCGGUGUCUCAACCAUCCAGGGCAACUUCUUGUCCCCUGGCGUCCAGAUGCUCGUCAAGGACUAUCUCCUCGAGGUCUCGAAACGUGAAGAACUCGACGGUAGGCGUCGAUCACCUUCGCCAUGGUCACCAUCACCAUCACCGUCGGCAUCGUUGUCCUCUGAAGUCCACUCAGCAGGAACCACUUCUGCAGACGAGGCCCCAUCUGACCAUGCCACCACUAUCGUCGACACACCCAGCUAUAUUGACACGGAGCGCUCCGAGUCGGUCGACAGUGAAAGCUCCGACUCGGCUUCCUCAGAAGAGCAAGGCCGCCUGGUAGAUGUGGUUCUCAGCGACAUGUCAGAACCCUGGUUGCAAACAGCGGGCUUUUCAAGUAGGACAUUGAGUAACCCGUAUGACAGGAUGAUGAACACGUCGGGCAUGAGCUUCCGCGACCACGCCGGCAGCAUGGACCUCUGCCACGCCGCACUCACUUUCGCCAGCGACACCCUCCGCACCGGCGGGCACUUUGUGUGCAAGUUCUACCAGGGCUCCGAGGACAAGCAGCUCGAGACCAAGCUCAGGAAGAUGUUCGCCAAGGUCCAUCGCGAAAAGCCAGACUCGUCUAGGAAUGAAUCUCGAGAGGCGUUCUUCGUGGCCCUCAGGCGCAAGGGCGACGUGACUCUGUCGUCGAUCGAAUGAACUGCCCCCGUCCUGGAUACAUACAUACAUAUAUAUAUAUAUCAAGGAUGAUGGAAUCUUCGCUGGUGCUUUGCCCUCAGCGCGUAUGCGCGUGGGGGGCAACCAAUCCCCAGCACUGUACCGCGCGCUCUGCCCUUAAACACACCUUGUACACUAAACACACCAUUGUUCAAAUACUGUAUCAUGCACCAUUGGCGCAAAUAUGUCUUUGAUAUGUCCCGCAUUUUUGGGUCGGGUUUCAAGUCCCACGACUAGAAAUGGCAUAGAUGAAUAGGAAAAUGACAACCUCUGCUGCG